ACACGGCGCUAAGAAAUUUGCGUGUAGUUAGGUUCAGGUAAAAGCUAUCAAUGCCUUGAUAUCCUCAGAACGUUCCUCAUUCGCUUCGGAAUCCUUCCCUCCCGCGUAGGAUUUGAAGUCGUCGAGGUUCCACAGCAACCCGCUCCUCCGAAUCGUCCCGUCACCGACAAAAUAUCAGGGCUUGACGCAGCGCCUCGUCAAGCCAGGGUCCGUCCAGGGGCUGAAUUCGCAGACAUCCCAUAUAUAUGGCAUAUACUCACUGCUGCCCCGUCGUAGUGCGUGUGGUGGUGUGAUUCAGUUACGAUACCAAAAUGGCAUCAUCGAAAGUCGCACGGCAAUAUUGGAGAAGCCUCGCCCGGCCUGAACACUGGGGUCCCGCCGGGACAGCAUUGCGGGCCGGGGCGACGACUAACACGAGUGUUGUGAAGUAUCGCAACAGCACGAGCUCGAAUUCGCCGACGGAGCGGAAACGCGAAAGGGUCGUCGUUUUGGGCUCUGGAUGGGCAGGCUAUGCCUUUGCCCGCGAACUCGACCCCAAAAAGUACGAGCGCAUCCUCAUCUCGCCGCGCUCCUACUUCGUCUUCACCCCCUUGCUGGCCUCGACAUCGGUCGGCACACUAGAGUUCCGCUCCAUCCUCGAGCCCGUCCGCUGGCUGAACCUCGACUCGUUCUACGAGGCCUGGGCGGACGACAUCGACUUCUCCAAGAAGCUCGUCCGCGUCGAGAAGGUCACGUCCCAGGACGCCACGUCCCGCACCCUCCCGGAGAGGCAGCCGCACCGGCCCAAGGGGGAGGUGAUUGAUGUGCCCUACGACAAGCUAGUCAUCUCCGUCGGGGCGUAUUCGCAGACCUUCGGCAUCGAGGGUGUCAAGGAGUACGCCAACUUCCUGCGAGAUAUUGGCGAUGCGAGGAGCAUUCGUUUGAGGGUGCUCCAGUGUUUCGAGAAGGCCGAUUGGCCCACGACCACGGAUGAGCAGCGGAGGAAGAUGUUGCACUUUGCCAUCGUGGGAGGUGGCCCGACAGGAAUUGAGUUCGCCGCCGAGCUUCACGACCUCAUUCACGACGACCUGUCCAAGCUGUACCCGCACCUCAUGGAGUUCGUCGGCAUCACGGUCUACGACAUCGCGCCCAAAGUCCUGCCCAUGUUCGAGCAGCAGCUCGCCUCCUACGCCGAGGACCUCUUCCGCCGCCAGGGCAUCAAGGUGAAGACGCAGCACCACCUGCAGCGCAUCCGGCCGGACGAGGAUGACACGCACAACACGCUGAAGCUCAAGAUCAAGGAGUACGGCGACGAGGAGGUCGGCGCGGGCCUCGUGGUGUGGAGCACGGGGCUGAUGCAGAACCCGCUCGUCCAGAAAAUCCUGAAGAAGGAGCUGCGCAACCCCGCCUCGGCAGUCGAGGGGAAGGAAAGGGAGAGUUUGAAAGUCUUGAAGGCGGAGAGGAGCGGCGGCAUCAUCACGGACUCCCACCUGAGGGUCCGCCUCGACGACCCGGAUAACGAAAAGGCCGUCCUGCCGGACGUGUAUUCCCUGGGCGACUGCUCCGUCCUGGAGACCGGGACGCUCCCCGCCACGGCGCAGGUGGCGAGUCAGCAGGCCGUGUACCUCGCCAAGACGCUCAACAGGGCGGCGGACGACCGAGGGAGCAAGCCGUUCAAGUUCCGCAACCUGGGGACGAUGGCUUACCUGGGAAGCUGGAGGGCGAUCCACCAGAGCUCCGCGGAUGAGCUGAAGGGCCGGGCAGCGUGGAUUCUGUGGCGUUGCGCUUACCUGACCAAGUCGAUGAGCAUCCGGAACAAGAUCCUGGUAUCGUUCUACUGGUUCAUCACUUGGGUUUUCGGGAGAGGUAUUUCUCGAUUCUGAGUGAAUUCAGCUUUGGGGGGGGCGAGGGGGGUCGUCUGAGUACAUGCUCCGACACCCCGAGACCUCUGACCCUCUCCGAAAACACUCGCCUCGGGAAGAU